UAAUAAUAAUCACAUACCGAUGAAGAAAAAGGAGUCGUGGUUGUACAAUACUAUGAGCAGGCAAAAGGAACUGUUUAAGCCAAAUGUUGAAGCCAAAGUGGGCAUGCGUUUACGUCUUUUUCGAUGUCUUGUACAGGCAGAUACCUCAAGUAUUUGGGAUAUGACGUCAACUACGUUCGGAAUUUCACUGCUGUUGAUGAUAAGAUUAUUGCAAGAGCAAAUGAGUUGGGGAAGAAUCCAAUAAAUUUAAGCAGACGAUAUUGCGAAGAGUUUCAUUGUGAUAUGUCAAAUCUACAUUGUCUUCCUCCUUCAGUGGAACCUCGAGUGUCUGAUCACAUUCCAGAAAUCAUUGAGAUGAUUAAGCAGAUACUUGAUAAUGGGUGGGCGUACACUCUCCAAGGUGAUGUGUACUUCUCUGUAGACAACUUCCCCUACUAUGGACGAUUAUCUGGCCGUAAGUUAGAAGAUAAUAGAGCGGGUGAACGGGUGGCAGUGGACUCAAGGAAGAAAAACCCAGCUGACUUUGCAUUAUGGAAAUCUGCAAAGGAGGGAGAACCUUUUUGGGAGAGUCCGUGGGGUCCUGGUAGACCCGGAUGGCAUAUCGAGUGCAGUGCCAUGAGCGCUACUUAUCUAGGUUAUUCUUUUGACAUUCAUCGUGGGGGAAUGGAUCUUAUUUUUCCCCAUCAUGAAAAUGAGAUAGCGCAAAGCUGUGCUGCGUGCCAUAAGAGCAAUGUAAGAUAUUGGAUACAUAAUGGAUUUGUGACUAUUGACUCGGAGAAGAUGUCAAAGUCUCUUGGAAACUUUUUCACAAUUCGGCAGGUCUUAGAACAUUAUCAUCCACUGGCUUUGAGACUUUUCCUAAUGGGGACUCAUUAUCGUUCGCCAAUCAAUUACUCAGAGAUACAGCUUGAAAGUGCAUCAGAGCGUGUUUUUUACAUCUAUCAGACAUUACAUGAUUGUGAGAAUAUCCUGUCCCAGCAUGAUGAGGCAAGCCGGAAACAUUCUAUUCCAUCAGGAACUACACUUUGUAUUGAUAAAUUUAAUGAUGAGUUUUUUAUUUCAAUGUCUGAUGAUAUCCGUACUCCCGUAACUUUGGCUGCAAUGUCAGAGCCAUUGAAGACCAUCAAUGACCUUCUACAUACUCGUAAGGGCAAGAAGCAAGAAUUACGAAUAGAAUCACUUGCAGCUUUAGAAAAUACCAUGAGAAAUGUUCGGACUGUUUUGGGACUCUUGCCAAGUAGUUACUCUGAGGCUUUGCAGCAGCUACGAGAUUAUGCACUGAAGCGCGUAAAGUUGACAGAAGAUCAAGUGCUACAGAAGAUUGAAGAAAGGAAUAGUGCAAGAAAAAAUAAGCAAUAUGAAGAAUCCGAUGCAAUUCGAAAAUAUUUGUCGGGUUUAGGCAUUGCACUCAUGGACAGCCCAGAGUGCACAACUUGGAGACCAGCUAUUCCUUUGGUUUUGAAAGAACAGCAGGUCGCAGGAAGCUGAAUCUGAUUGGAACAUACCGUUUCAUAAGUUUGCAAUGAAAGAUAUAAUGAAUCCACGGUUAACUCUUUAAAUUUGGAGAAUAGCAUAUGGGAUUUCACCAUGCAGUUUAUUUUGUCGGUGUAUUUUAGUUGAUAAAACAAUCAUGCCUGAUGAAAAUGCUUUCACUUAUUCUCAAGCCGUUUAACUUUCUUUGUUGUAAGCAUGAUGAAUUUUUGUUCUGUUCUUAAGGGGACAAAAAAGGGGGGGAGAGGCUAUUUUCACCAGUGCAUUCUAUUGCUUGUAGUUAAUGAAGGUAGUCAUCUUGUGGACUCGAAUUUGAACCCAGUUUCUUGGUGGAAGAAGAAUUUUAUUCCA